AUCGUCCACUGUUCUAGUGUUGAAGGGAAAGAGAUGGACGGAUCCACCGUCAACCGACUCGCCAGCAUGGGGGCCAUCGUACUCUUCCUCCUCAUACUUGUCCACGCCGCUGGCAACAGCACGCACGGACACGGAGGAGCCUCCGCUGAGCGCCGCCUCAUCGUCGGGCGUCUACUCGGUCGCGGCCCGGACGACAAGACCACCGUGGCCAUGCAGAAGCACGACGUCUCUGUUGCCGGCUUCACCGAUGGCAGCGGCGACUGGCACACCUUCCCUGGCCUUGAGCACCUCUUCCCCGCGUCCACGACCCUCCCGUUCGGCAGCAGCUACAGCGAGCUCAUCGGCGGCCUCGAAAACCUCCCCGGCGUGCCGCUGGGGCGGGAGGCCUUGCUGGAGGCCAUCCGCGUGCUCACCGCCUACCGCCGGGGGGCCGACGUCGAGCCGGUCAAGCGGGCGCUGGCGGUGCUGAAGGUGGUGAUGUGCGAGGCCCAGCGGGUGGCGCCCAUCCGGAAGACCGUCAGCGACGGAUGGGUGACCGGUGCCCGCGUCGCCCCGGAGCACCUGCCCUACAUCGAGCACUGGGACACCAUGUCCUACGAGAUCCUCCGCACCAACCGCACGGGAAAGUGGGACGGGCCAUUCACCAAGAUGCUGGAGAUGGAGGCCAGCAUCCGCAGCAAGGAGGAAGCGCUCGCCGUCGUCGGGGUGCUGCGGAAUGCCGACUUCGAGGAAGUGCUCCAGGCUCACGCCACCCCGAUCUAACCUUGAGUCUGGUGAAGAUUCAUCCCCAUGUCGUUCAUGCAUGCAACUCCUCUAUUGAUCGCGGCUUCUGGAGUCACAAUGCUUCCUUUCAUGUUCGUCUUAUCUAGAGUGGGAUAAUAUCUAUGGUUUUAGCUUGCUUAAAUCGCGUAUGCUGUUUCAGGCUUUUAA